AAGCAAUCUGAGGCUCUACUGAGAAACCCUGCAUUUCACAUAGUUCCACAGUAGAAAAGCUGACACCCUGCUCAGUACUAAGGGAAACUGGGGUUAAUGUUUAAAAUUCAGAGCAGAGCUUUUUUGUGACAUCUGUUGCUUUUGGAAAUUGCUUUUAUUUCAUCCGAUGAAUAUUCAAUCCAUUCGAAGGGGCAUCUUUUGUCCCCGUCAGAACCCCAACUGCACCAGUACUGUGGAGUCCCUCAAGGGUGUCUGGAAUGACACAGAAGCUAAUGCUUACAAACUGGUGGACCUGCCUCCUGUAGCCCCAACAGAAAUGACAGUGCAAGAUGUUCCUCGUGCCUUCCCUACAUUGGAUGUUCCAAACCAUGCCCACUACACAAUUGGAACUGUCAUUCUGGUGGUGGGGAUCACCGGAACGCUGGGUAACUUCCUGGUCAUCUAUGCUUUCUGCAGGAGUAAGAGUCUUCGAACUCCAGCCAACAUGUUCAUCAUUAAUCUAGCUAUUAGCGACUUCCUAAUGUCCAUCAUACAGGCUCCAAUUUUCUUCACUACCAGUCUCCACAAGCAUUGGAUUUUUGGCAAGAAAGGUUGUGAACUGUAUGCCUUCUGUGGAUCCCUUUUUGGCAUUACAUCCAUGAUCACAUUGAUGGCAAUCGCACUGGACAGAUAUUUUGUGAUCACACGACCACUGGCCUCCAUUGUGGUGAUGUCCAAGAAGAAGGUUUUGAUAAUCCUUCUAGGAGUCUGGCUGUACUCUUUGGCUUGGAGCCUCCCACCCUUCUUCGGAUGGAGUGCUUAUGUUCCUGAGGGUUUGUUGACUUCCUGUUCCUGGGACUAUGUGAUCUUUACCCCAUCAGUCCAUGCCUAUACAAUGCUCCUCUUCUGCUUUGUCUUCUUCAUUCUUCUGAUUGCCAUCAUAUACAGUUAUGUCUUUAUCUUCGAGGCUAUCAAGAAUGCCAAUGAGGCUGUUCAGAACAUUGGUUGUGAUGCUAAUAAAGUAUCCCAGAGACAGUAUCAGAAGAUGAAGAAUAAAUGGAAAAUGGCCAAAAUUGCCUUGAUUGUCAUCUUACUUUACAUCAUUUCCUGGUCACCAUAUUCUAUUGUAGCUCUGUUGGCUUUUGCUGGGUAUUCCCAUCUCCUGACACUCUUUAUGAACAUCGUACCAGCUGUGAUUGCCAAAGCUUCUGCCAUCCACAACCCCAUCAUUUAUGCCAUAACUCAUCCCAAAUACAGAAUGGCCAUUGCAAAGUAUGUGCCGUGCCUUCGACCCCUGCUAAGAGUUUCUCGUAAAGACUCCAGGUCUUGCUGCAGGUAUCUCUCAUCCACUAUUACCAGCCAGUCUGAGAUAAGUGAACUGCAGAAAGGAAAGAGACGGAUAUCCUCUCUCUCAGACAGUGAAUCCGACUGGACCGAUACAGAAGUUGAUGUCGUUAGUGUGAUCUCCAGACCAGUCAGUAAACAGCUUUCCUAUGAAAUAGGCAAAUACGCUGAUGAAACCAGUGACACAAAAGCCAAAUCUAAACCGAAAAGCCAUGAUUCCGGGAUUUUUGAGAAGACUUCUGAAGACACCAAUGACAUUUCCAUGGUGGAGCUGAAUGUCAGAGAGUGCAGUUCCUCUCCUGUUGCCCUGCCAUCUAUAAUCUUUAGCCUUGAGGAAAUCCAAACAGGUGAGGGCCUGAAUGGCACUGGACUACGAAAAGGAGACUCUCACUCUAGACCAUCUGCAGCCCAGAUACCCAGCAUUAUAAUAACAUACAGCAAUGUCCAGGGAAUAGAACAGCCUUCUGAAUACAGCUCUGACUUCAGGUUCCCUAAGAACAGUAGCCACAGUCAGGAUAAGGACUACGGUAGCCAACCAGACAGACUGUAUCAGGGUGUUGCCUUAGGUAUCUCAGGAGAAACCACAGAUCAACUGAGCACAGAAGACCUCCAAAACUGCUCUGAUCCAUGGAAAGCCACCAUUACUACAGUGACCCAACACAAGAUAAGCCAAGGGUAAAAAGAAGACACUGAAGCAGCAUCUGAGCUCUCUCCAGUGGUUGGUUUCCUGUUCUAGCUCGUGUGUUAGAACAAGUAUAUUAUUUCUCCACCAUCUAGAUCAUGAAAUUACUCUUUUCACUCAGAUUUCACUCUGUUCAGGAAUUAGCAACUAUUGCGUGAACACCAUCUUCAGUUACAGUAUAUGCAGGCUUCAUGAUAAGACUUCAU